GUUCUUGUAUUUUUCCACUUCCUCGUCAAGUAGAUGUUCGAAACGCAUUAAGAACUUACUAUCAUUCAUCAAUAUUAUGGAAAACUUAUUUGCAUUCAAGACCACGCUUUACGCAGCACUGAGUCCUUUUCAUUUGAGAAUAUAGAAGCACAUGAUUGUACGGAUGAAGAAUUAUCUGCACCCAAGAUGUCUUCAUCAGAAUAAUGAACUCCUGAUGAUCUACCCCAAAAAUUACGACAUCAUGAUCGUGAUGAUUCUUUCACACACUUUUCAUAGCGCAAAUAGAACGAGUGAGUUGAUGUUGUAGAUUUUCAAUUUACUCGACGUCGUCGACCACAUAUUAAUUGUUAAACGGAGAGCGAGAGACUUCUACAGAAAAUGCUCUUGGAUGUGGAAGGCCUGUUGGCGUGUGUUCGUGACAAACGAGAACGUUAUAGAGAUUACUGUCUUUUGUGCUGUCUUUUGUUCCACUGUUCAAUGAAAACGAUGUCGAUGCUGCUGCAAGAAAAAUUUUCGUCCCAGAAAAUUCUUCAUGGCAAAUUCAACUUCAUCGAUAUCGAAGAUCAAGUAUUAUAGAUAUGCAGCAAGAUCGUCACUGUGAGACGAGCAAAAGGGUGAGCCCAUUUUUUCUGUACUGAGAGGCCAGCAAAAAGAUCCAUGAAAAAUUUUAGUUUUGAACGAUAAAAAAAAUUGAAGAAAUGAGGAUCCCUCGAUGAAAGAUCGAUCAUCAUGAUAAAAAUCUGCGUGCUUCCAUAAAGAUCUCUGCAAAUGCAUUGAGAGAACAAUAUGAAGAUCGCCAAUCAUUUUCAUCUCAAUCCCAAUUCCCUUUCAAAGUAACAUUAUAACAUUAUAACAGCAGGAAGUAGGCUUACAACUAAAAAUUGCUCUCGUCGCGCACAAAAAACUUUUUCAAAUAGUGACCUAGCAUUUUUUUCUCGCAUUUGUACGACUCGUUGACAUCUUGACUUCCUUCUGACAUCUUGACUUACUGACGAGCAUCUAAUAUCUUGAUCUUCUGAAAUCGAAUAUCUUGAUCUUCUGAAAUCGGAUUUUUCUGACGUGUACUUGAUUGAAACAAGAAGAUUAUCUUGUCUCCCACAAUUCCAAAUAGUAGCUGAAGUGUCUCUGCCUCUGGAGUCCUUAACCCUAUUUCCACGACGAACAAGUAGGAUAAGGACUCCAGCACUAUAUAAUUAUGCAACAUAUUUGAUGAACAAGUAGUAAGACUCCUGUUGUAGUUGUUCCGGUGGUCGUUAUCAACUAAACUAAUACUAAAGCCCGCCUUGUUGUGGGAAGAGUGGCUCGUGGCUUAAGUACUAGCUACUUGCACCUAAACAAGCUAGAUAUCUAUAUCAGCCUGGAUUGUCAAUGUCAUACAUAAUUCUCGAAAAAGUUGAAUCCUCUUAAACAGCACCCUCUUAAACAGCAAGCAUUACCUUUACCAAGACCAACUACCUUAAAUCGUUAUCUUCCUUAAAGAGGACGAGCGUAUUUAAGUCCUAGUACCUUAAUAUUGUCCUUAAAGAGGAGGAGCGUAACUACUUAAGUCUAAGAAGAAACGAUGUCGUCUUUGCCGCACGUUUUAGCCGGCAGCCCGAAGAAUGAGUCGGCGGAGUUUACUCUUUCCGGUCUAGACGACAUGAACCGAAGCGGCGGAGGUGGAGGCCAGAAGAUACUCAGUAGCGGCAGCGCACCUGCUCCGGGAAGCGGAGUGGAACAGCUCGUAAGUGGUGGAGACGCCAAUGCUCAUCCACAGGGUUCCAAUACUGCAACUACGACGACAACGAGGGGAACAAGUGGGAGUGGGAGCCCUCAACAGACGAAUAUUACCGCGACCAUUGCCCCACAUCAGAAUGCACAACUACUAGGAGGAAAUCACAAUGAUAAUCAACCUGUUCUUGAGUAUAAUCAAGCAUUGGACAACAAUAUGAUGAAUCCAUCUAGAAGUGGCGCGACAUCACCUGUAUUCUUGCCCCCGGGAACAAGUGGGCUGCAGGCAGACAACAUAGUAGGAGGGAUAGACGUGCAAAGCAACCAGAGCAACGGGAGUGGAGCGGGUAGCGACAAAGUUCGCUCCAUCGCCAGUCUGAUCGCAGAGCAAAAUCGCAGAUUGGCAGAGCAGAACAUGAAAUUGCUAGAAUUAUGGCUCUAGCUACUAAUGCACUUUUCUUGACUUCAUCCUUCUUGAAACGUAAUAUGGCGGAGUUGUAUCUUAAGCAGGGAACAAUGCUCUGCCAUAUUAUUUUUCAAGGAUGCACCAGCGGGGAGAUGCAUUAAAUGGAUAGCGCUAAUAGAAACGGCGAUGUUUAACGUGCAGCAAGAGCAACAGAAGAAUCUGUUACAACCACCGAAUGCUAAUGUUCCCGUAUUCGGUUCCAAUAUUCCCAGUAGCAUUCAGGGCAGCGUGAUUCAUUCACCGAAUCCGUUUAUUAAGGCUCAUCAACACAACAAUUCAUCUUACACCCCACGAGUGGGUACAUCUAUCUAUCUAUCUAUCUAUCUAUCUUAAGAGGCAUCUUCAUUCUUUCUCCCUGCAACCAGACAACCCCUUCCCAUAACUGCAUGUACCCCACGACUGGGUAAAUUAUUAUUAUUAUUAUCUUAAGAGGCAUCUUUCUUCUUUGUUCCCCUUUAUUUGCUUAAGGACGAAAGGAGAACACUCGGCAAAGAUGCACUUGAAGAUGAACAUAUGCAGCAAGGUCUAAGUUUAACCACGCGUCUCCAGUGACCCAGCAGUAUUUGUCAGCCGCCGGUGCAUUGGGUGGGAUGCCUCAGAGUAUGUACGCUGCAGCCGGUGGAAUAGUUUCUCCCGCCGCAGCCGCGAUGUCCCCUGUAGGGGCUUUUUCGCCAAGGUCGUCGACCGUGCUGAACAACGGAGCAGGAAAUGGAACUUUGGGUGUACCUCCACAUCAAGGUGGCAAUGCAGCAGCAAAUUCUCAACUCCAGAUGCUACAGGAACUCUCCUCAGGCACACUGAACAUCGCAGGCGGAGCCGGCAGGAUGGCGAUGACGCCAAAUGGUGCGCAGGGGUUGCUUAGUCCCAUUGAGGUGAUGUCACCAGGAAGUAUGAGUCCAGUUAGCGGGCCAACAGUUUUGCCUCCAGGAGCACUGGGGGCUGCGCCGGCUGCGCCAGGACUUGGGGGGCCGCAAGGCGUAGGAAACACCUCCGUGAACAACAAUCAGGGUGGUCACCAGGGAGGAUUAUCUGGUGCGGUCGUGGGGAAUGGAGGAGCUAAUGGAGGUGGAAAUAGUGGAACAUCUGGAGGUGGGAGUAACAACAUUAUAGGGUAUGGAACCAUCAACAUGCCUUCCGGGUUAAAUCAAGUGCCAGUACCCGUCGGGGGACACAUUGCGGCUUUGGCGGCUCAGAAGAUUGGCACAUCGGCGAGUGCAGGACAACAACAAGACAACACAAACUUAAUGGAAGCGUUGCUUCAACAGCAUAAUCAAGCCCUGCAAAACAACACGAUGAUUAUGUCGCCAGUGGGAUUGCCGCCACAGCUUUCUCCGCUACCGACGAUCAACGUACUUAUAUCCUGCUAUAAUCAACACAUUUUCUUCCUUUAUUUGGUCAGGAAAAUCUAGAUUUUUUUCAAACAGCCGCCAAGCAGUAGAAGCCCCUACAGUAGAAAAUAAAAAGUCGAGACACACGACCUUCCUUGAUACUGGUCCACCUCCAGCUAGAGUAAUUCAUCCUAUGAUGAAGCUGAAGCUGGGACCACAUCCACAAUGAAUUACAGCUAGGAUGAAUUUCAUAUUCUCGACACCAUCUUCAGGUCCACCCUUCUUCGGACAUCCAGAAUCUGCAGAAUCUAGGACGGGCAUUAUCCCCUCAUCCCAGUCCACAUGCGGGACCAUCCUCUACUUCAACUAGCCUGAAUGCUGGAACAAGUACUACAGCUGGUACAAGCCUGAAUGUUGUCCAACAAGAACCAAACCAGCAGAUGAAUAACAAGAAGAUAGUGUUAUCAGCUGGGUUAAUGCACACAUCCGGUGGCUUUCAUGUCCCGCUAGUGAGACCAGCUGACGUGAAAACGCCAGAAGACCACGUGAGGCUGAUCACUGUGUCCGAGUACAGGCAAUUUCUGAAACAGUGUCGAAACAUGCAGAAGCAGAUGCCGCAGAAGUUUAUGAAGCUACACUUACCAGAGGACUUGGAAGGUGAUGCGAACACGAUUGUCCGGGUUAACACUUUGGAAGACGUUUCAGCGGCUUAUGGCGGUGACCUAAACAUGAUGGGAACCAUGCACAGGAGUACGAGUUUGCGGGAUGCAGCUGGAGCUGCUGCAAUGGGCGGUCACAUUUGCUCCGCAAAUAGCGGAGCACCAGUGACAGCGAAAACAAGUAGUAAAGUGGACCACGCGGGACAUGGUGCGAUGUUGUUGACGUCAUCUUCCGGAGGUGCUGGACCAGGAGGACAUGUGAAUCCGUCGAACCCUUACCAAAUGAACAUCCAUCAAGGUGGCGCAACGAGUCUGCACAAGAGCACUUCUUCCAACGGAAGCUUGAGCAAGAGCAAUAGCAAACAAGCGCCGGGUGGACCACUUGCACAGGGACAACCCUAUAAUCAAAGUGGAUCGUCGAAUGGCUAUCAUCCCAAUCCGAGAGGAGGAGAGAACAAUAGGUCCUAUCAUGGAGGUAGUGGGGCUAGAGGAGCAGGCUUUUACUCAGAAUUGAGUGGAGGAGGCUCUGGACACCAGAAGGGAGGAGGCAAGAAUUCCAGCUAUCAGGAGAAAGACAACAGAACGACAAUGAUGCUACGUACUUUUUAUGCCUUAAUAUGCUUCAUGUCUUUUAGAACAUGUCAUCAAGAAACGACAAUGAUGCUACGUACUUACUUUUUGUGCCUUAUGCUUUUUGUCUUUUAGAACAUGUCAUCACUUUCUUGUUCUUCGUCUUCCCUCAAAACAAGAUAUUUUUACUUUCACAACCUCACUUCAGGUAACAUACCCAACAAGUAUACGCAACCAAUGCUAUUGAACACGUUGGAUGAGCAAGGAUUUCAGGGGAAAUUCGACUUCUUCUACCUGCCAAUUGACUUCCGAAACCGGUGUAAUGUGGGCUAUGCCUUCAUCAACUUCACCUCGCCAGAUGAUGCGAAAAACUUUUUGUCGGUACUUACUUAUUCAUGAUAUUCACUCUCUCAAGAAAAUGAGAUGAAGUUCGAUCCUUUUCUCCUUCAGAUCUUCUCUCAUUUUUCUUUUUCAUCUCACACUAGUAAACCACAUGCUGUUCUUCUCUCUCAAGUACAGGGUUACUAGUACAGUAGUAAGUUGUACUUCAAUUCAUCUUGUUUCUCAUUUCACUCUUCUCGUCCCAUCAUCACUCUCAGAUCUUCCACAAGUUCAAGCUGAAAGCGUACAAUAGUCCGAAGGUUUGCGAAGUCAAUUACGCCAGAGUCCAAGGACUGCAAGCGAAUAUCGAAGUUUAUCGUACUACUUUUGAUUAUACGAGAACAAAUUGCAGUUUGUGAAAGUGAAUUGGAAGGCAAUGUAGAAGCAUCAAAAGUUAGAUAUAAUGGAUGUAGUACUACUGCUCAUAAAGAACUUUCUCACUGUCACUGAGCCAACUUGAACUCGUUCUCUGACCUUGUCUUCUACUUCAAUAACACGCCUCGUCCUCGUCCAAUUCUCUGCUCUAUAAUCAACUAUAAUUCUUAUUCAUCAUUCUGCGUGAAUGAGUGAAUGAAUAAUCAACUAUUCUUAUGCAUCAUCCCUCACAACUCUAGCUCUACCACGACAAACACGAAAACACAAACCAAUUCUCAGGUAACUCACCUGUGAACGGUAUCCCGAUCAAGCAAUAUAGGCCAUUGAUUUUCCGCAACGGUGUCGAACUCGACUUUCCGAGUCCGGAUGCACCUUUGCCGCCUAUCCAAUUGAGGUCAGAGGAUCUGGAGCAGCGACCGGGCGGACUUCCUAGUGGGGUUGUUGUGCAAUAAUGAUUGCAAUUACUUAUAUUUUUUCUUCCCCAAGCAACUUCUUGCUUAUUUGCAAGUAAUUAUCGUAGUAGCUCGUUAGUCUUAUUCAAAUCUUUCACCGCCCUCGCCUAGGUGGAGCAGUGAGCCUGCUAGAAGAAGAUUCUAGUGAACCCUCUGGCCGAAUCAAGAGGUCUUCAACCUCCACCUUGAGAAAAUGUUUUCUGGGGAAAGCUGAACAUGUUGUGAGUGUGUGAAGAAAACAGGUUCGAAAAAACUUCGCGGCUCGGCACCAGUCACGAGAAGGCGCUAGUUUUGUACGUCUCAACAUGUCUCCUCCUGGUACGUAGACAAAUAAGAACUAGCUUAAAUGAAAACUCGCGUGGUCUUCGACACGUUCAUCCGACCUUUGUUUUCCUUUGUUUACCUUUACGACCAUGGUGGCUCUUGUGUCGUGGCAGAACACAGUAACCCUGGCGUUCCCGCGAGCAAGAUAGCUUACCAAUUCUUUCCAACAUGAAACAAUAAUCAAAAUCAACGAAAUAACUAGUAAUGACGCGACCAGAAGUCUCUUUUACUUUUUCUAUCAUGAGAACGCACUUAAUAUUCGUUCGCCCUAAAGAUGUGUCCUCUUAUCUCGGUUUUUAUUUAUCAGGUCAAACAAUGUCAACAACGAAAAAAAUCAUUUGCGAAUCGUGAUGUACGCUUUAUUUCUUCUAGCAAAAGCAGUCGAAAAAAGAAAAUAUGACCAGACGGCUGAACACAGAAUGAGAAUGUCGUCCCAUUUUUUAUUUUUCUGAAAGAACACGAACAUGUAAAAGCAUUAACCAACCAUUCUUACAAAGUUGCCAUUGGUUGGUCCGAAUCAACAUGGUUGCUAGUUUUUAUUUGUAGUCCUACUUAAAGUGUCGGGAACAUUCGCUAAGGGUUUGAGGAGGAGAGACAUCAAUAUCAUGCUUGACAUUUUGUCGUUUUGAUGUUUUGGAACAUGCAGACGUUUUAGAGCUGCAGCUCUAAUAGAACACGUAGUAAUUAUAUUCGUGGUAUUGGUUCCCAUGAAACAAAACCAAGACUUCCAUGAAGAUGAAGAAGGUCAACAAACAGAUAAAGGUGUAAAAAUAAAAGGAGGUGGAAGUAUGAUAUUAAAAUGAUAUUAGCAAAACAAUGAUGUCUUUAUUCAGAUUCUUAAGCGAAUAAACCGUACUGGAGGUACAGCUGGAAGUACAAAAAAAUGCCUGUUUAGAAGUGUAUGUGAUUCUUGAUCGAUGAAGUACUCUCAUUGGAUCUGGAAGAUGAGUACGGGUACUGAAGUCAUACUACAAUAAACGCAAUUCCUACUAAAUUCUACGCACCAACAAGUUGUCAAAACCAAUACCAACCAAGACCAAGAAUAUCUACUCAGCCGUCUGAUUUCUGAAGAUUACAAGGAGUUGCAGUUCGCCAUCAAUAAGCAGGUUUUUUUUGCUAUCCAAGAUCAGCGCCCCCUGAUUUCUUGAUCUUAACGCAACAUCCUAUCUUAACGCGUCACUAGAGUCGUGCAGGAACUCAUUGCAGGGAAGGAACACUAUUGUUUGCUAUUAAAACGACGCGAUGAAGAAAAUUAAUUACAUUAUAAGUUUUAUCAUGGAUGCCUACUAACUUCUUCCUUGAGGACGAGGUCGUGGCCCUCUGAUGUGGUCUACUACUUCAUGAGGCUACUUUCUAUGGGAGAGUAAGAAUUUGUAAACAGGGACAGCGCAAUCAAUCUCCGAUUAUCCAAAACUUCUAGGACGCACGUGGAAAAUGAAAUUCGAAUCCCUCUCAAAAAGUUGGGAUUUUUUCCGAAAAGC